CAUUUCAAAGAGGACCCUUCUGGUUCGGGUUCGCCUUCUUCGGGUAACACUUUCGUCUCUUGAUGAGAGGCUCGACAUCGACUGUUACUCUUCAAUCUCGCUGAUUUUGGUACAAUUCAGCUUUUAAUAUCAGUCUUUGAUCUUGGUUUACCUAGAGGGGCAUGUACAUUUCGCAAUCUAGUGAAGAAAAUGAAGUUCAACUGGAAGCUAUGUUCUGUAAGCAAGAAACAAAGCUGGAUUGUGAAGCUAGCGAUUGUUGUUCUCUUGACGGGCCUUUCUUUUCGACUCUUCGUUUUUCGUUCUACAGGAUUUGAACCCCAGGUCGAAACCAGUUUGCUUGAUAAAGCUGAGCUUCUAAAGCAAGAUGAUUCUGUCGUUGGGCCUUCUGUUGAUGAGACCGAUUUGCAGAUCUCUCCCGCUGCUGUCGAUUUAACUUCACCUGAUGCUCAACCCGUUGAGGAACCAAACCCUGAAGAUCAGAUUCCUUAUGCAGAAAAGUGUGAUCUUUUCAAUGGUGAUUGGAUUCCUAAUCAGUCUGGUCCGCUCUACACAAAUGAAAGCUGCUCCUUGAUUGAGACGCCUCAGAACUGUAUGAAGAAUGGGCGACCUGAUUCAGGGUAUCUAUACUGGAGGUGGAAUCCACGCGACUGUGAAUUACCUCCAUUUGAUGCGCAGAGAUUUCUUGAAUUGAUGAGAAAUAAAGCAUGGGCCUUGAUUGGAGAUUCGAUAUCACGAAACCAUGUUCAAUCAUUGCUAUGCAUGCUAUCAACGGUUGAGCGACCAGUUGAAGUUUACCAUGAUGAGGAAUACAAAUCAAAAAGGUGGCAUUUCAAUUCUUACAAUCUAACGAUAUCAAAUAUAUGGUCCCCUUUCCUCGUAAAAGCUGCUAUUUUUGAAGACAAUAAUGGUGUUUCGACUUCUGAAGUCCAGCUUCAUCUUGAUAUACUUGAUAAGAACUGGACAAGUUUGUUCCCAAGGUUGGACUACGUAAUAUUCUCCACCGGGAAAUGGUUUCUUAAAGCUGCUAUCUACCAUGAGAAUAACACAGUGGCCGGCUGCCAUAUAUGCCCGGAAGGGAAUUUUACAGAGUUGGGAUUUGAUUUCGCUUACAGAAAGACUCUACAGUAUGCAAUGGACUUUGUUGCAACAUCCAAACACAAGGGGCAGAUAUUCUUUAGGACGUCGACUCCUGAUCACUUUGAAAAUGGAGAAUGGCAUAAUGGAGGAACUUGUCAAAGAACUACACCAGCCAAAGAAGGUGAGAUCGAACUGAAGGACUUGAACAAUAUUCUGCGCAACAUUGAACUAGAAGAGUUUGAGAAGGCAGCAGAAAAAGCUGCUAAAAACGGGGUUAACCUUAAGCUUCUUGACUUCACAAAUCUCUCAUUGACGAGGCCUGAUGGUCAUCCUGGCCCUUAUAGACAGUUUCAACCGUUUGCCAAGGAUAAAAUUGCCAAAGUCCAAAAUGACUGUUUGCAUUGGUGCUUACCCGGGCCAAUCGACUCAUGGAAUGAUAUAAUAAUGGAGAUGACAGUUAACAGCGAAGGGUAAUCAGAAGCUAUUAGCUUAUUCCUCUCUGAUUGUUUCUUGUCAACUCAGAGAAGCAGAAACACAUUGGGUCAUCCUAAACUAUUAUACUUGCUAGUUGGUUUUCCUUCCCACUUCAGCUGUUGUGAUCAAAGAGGGGCAGUGUUAUCUAUGCUGAUGAAAGCAUUCAAUAGUUUUUUGUUUUUUUAAAAUUUUAGGCAAGUAUGGUGGAGGAUUUGAACCCAUGAACAAGAGGUAAUUGGGGUGGGAGGCUUCACCACUACACCAUGACUUAGUCCCCAUUCAUUGUAUCUAUUUACAACCCAUAACAGGAGGUUAUGCAUAUUGUGGUUAUUUCUCAAUUUUUUUCCCUAAACCAA